UAACUCCCCCAGGAAGUCUUGGUACAGUCCGCCUCUCUACAGUCUGACUGUACAGUGAAGGGAGAGCAGCUCGGACGGAGCCAAUAAUGCCGAUGGUCGGGGGUCUAGGGGGUGUGAAACCAGCCACCCCGGAGGUGCAGGAGAUCUGUGAUCAGUUCAAAGCGGAGGUGCAGCAGAAAUCCGGGAAGAAUUUCGGGACUUUCGAAGCCAUUGAAUUCAAGACUCAGCUUGUUGCCGGAACAAAUUACUUCAUUAAGACUCACAUAGGAGAUAAUCAGUAUGUACAUCUGCGGAUCUACAAGAAGCUCCCGUGUUACCAGGAGGAGAUGAGCCUCACCGCCUUCCAGGUGGGCAAGACCAGAGAGGACCACAUCGUCCACUUUGAACCCAGCGACUGACCAAUCCGGACGCAGCUCUCUGCCGCCACUUUUACUUAUUAUUUGACGACAUAAUAAAUGCUAUAAAAUCA